CUGUUCCGUCAUCCUUACUCGUUGGCUGUUUGGUUUGGCAUUUGGUAGUGAACGGAACGAAGUGUCGUUGUAUAGAUUGCUCGUUGACUGGCUGAAAAUAGUGAACCAAAGUAUGAGUUUUCGAAAUAUGUUCGAAUAAAAAGUGUUUAGUGAGUGACUGUCAUCCAGCAAGAUGGUUGAUGACGUGAGAAAUAUUAACGAAACCGCUGAAAGCAAAGAGGCCAUCGACCGGUCGAGAUUAGCGCGGGAGAGACGUGAAGCAGAGCAAAGAAAGCGACUAGACGAACUUCGAGCGCACGCUGCGGCCGCACAGGCCCAGAGAGAGAAACGAGACGAGGACCGGAGACGGAGGCAGGCCGAGCAGAGAGCAAAGGACGACGACAGACGACAACAGGUCAGUGAAUGUGUGGAAGAACGAAAACGUGCAAUAUGGGAAGCGUCCAUAUCCCGGCGCGAAGCAUUAUUGCAACGAGAGAAGGACCGAGCGGAGCGCAUGGAACGCGCCCGCGCCGCCCGGUCUUCGCCCCGACCGGCGUUCGCUUUCGGUUCUUCGACACCACGGCUCCUGGAUCCGCUAGAUUCGGCCGGAUUCUUCUGGGCAGCGCGCAGUACCAACCCCAUAGAUCAGAUGAACUUUUUUGAGUCGCUGGCGGCAUCAACAACGAACGUGAUGUUCACAUCUGCGCCGCUCACGAGACGAGCUUCAGCACUGCAACUUGACUCUUCAGACACCGACACUAAAGGACUGAUGGUCAUGAGUUUGUACGAGCCGGACCGGCAGCCGGCGCCGGCGUGGACGUCAGUGGCGCGGCGCCGCACCGACCUGGUGCCGACCGUGCCGCUGGGCCGCGCGCCAGGUAGGGCCCACUCCAUGACCAGACUCGACCGUCUGCCCUCAGCCCGGCCCUUACACUCGGCGUCGCCCUCCAUGCACCAUCUCAACAGGACCCAGCCGCGCUCCGGCGAGACGACGCCGGGCUCGCGGCCGGGCAGCGCGCUGUCGCAGGCCGCCGUGCCGCGCCGCCCCGCCUCCACGCCGCGCCGCCCGCGCCCCGCCUCCAUCGCCGGCACCGGCCUCAACACGCCCAGAGGCGGGCUGGGCGAGAGCAUGUCCCAGAGUGCGGCUAGCACGCCCAGCGUGUCCCGCGACAGCACGCUGGCCGCCGCCCCGCGCCGCGCGCGCCCGCUCUCCCUGCACGCGCCGCUCCGCACCGCGACUCCAGCCGCGCCCGGCGAGGGCAAGCCUCCGGUGCACAGAAAGCCAAAGUCAUCCAAAGAACACGACAAGACUCCGCGCGGCAAGUCCCAGUCGCCGGGCCGAACCCGCGACGUGUCCGUCGAGAAGGAAACCGUUAAAGCGUCGGACAAGAGUCAAGUGGACGCCGCGGAGGUCACGCAGAAACUUGAGGCGCUUCAGGUCCACAACGGGGACGGCCCCCCGCCGCAGGGCCCUCCAACCCACGGUCCCCCGUCGCACGGCCCCCCGACGCAGGGCCCCCCGCCGCAAGGCCCCCCGACACAAGGCCCCCCGCCUCAUGGACCCCCGACAAUCGAAACAAAACAGGAGAUGGAACUGGAGCCUGAAACGAAACUUGACGAGAAACAAACCGAGCCAAGCAAGCUUGACAACAAGCCGGAGAAGAGAGAAGAAAAAGAGGAGAGGAGUCAAGAGAAGGAGAAGAUGGAAGAGAAUGAGAUGACAGCGUCCAUGUCGGGGCGCCGCAUCACCACGGAGGAGCAGGCCAAGGCCGCGCUGGCGGAGCGCCGCCGCCGCGCGCGAGAGGAGCUGGAGCGACACGCAGAGCUGGAGCGACGCAGGCUCCAACAAGAGGCGGAGGAGGAGGCGGAGAGGCAGCGGCUGGAAGAAGAGCGACAGAAACGCGAAGAAGAAGAGGCCAGAGAACUCGCUCAACUACAACGGAAGAUGGAGGAAGAGAAACUGCAGAAAGCCAUCGAGGCGCAGCAGCAGCUGGAGCGCGAGGAGGCGGCCCGGCGGUCGCGCGAGGAGGCGGAGCGGCAGGCCAAGCUGCGGGAGGACGAGGAGAAGCGCCGCGCCGCCGAGGACGCGGAGAAGCUGCGCCGGGAGGAGGCCGAGCGCGAGGAGAAGGAGCGGAUCGCCAGGAAACAACGCGUCGAGGCCAUCAUGGCCAGGACCAGGCUCAGGAAGGCGGAAGAAGAAAAGAAACAACAAGAAAAGGCUCAGAGCCAGCAGUCCACGCCGGCGGCUUCUGCGCAAGAAAAUCUUGCGCCGGCCAACAAACAAGAAGACCCCUCUCCGCCUGCUGACGCGGUACAAGCGGCGGCUCCACCGGCGCCGGUCGCCGCCCCACAGGACAACGGGAACGCGGCCACGGACGACCUGCUCGGGCUCGAUCCCCCCCGCGCCCCGGGAGACGGCUCCACUCCCACAACCCAGGUUGUAGAGCCGGCAACACUAGAGCCCGCACACGAGGCGCCCACUGUCCGCAGCGAACACAACGCUACGACCAACAACGGCAACGACACGGCCGACCUGCUCGGCUUGUCCGAACAAACCGACAUCGAGGACAAGACACAAGUGCAAUUGACACCAAAACAAGCAACGAUCGACAACACGCCAACCUCAAACCCAACAGAGACCAACAACGGCAACGUCCACUUGGACCAAACCUCCAACAUUGGCCACAUAUCCGCCAACUUCUUACAAACGGAGCGGACGGCCAACGAGAACCAAACAAAGAUGGCCGACGUUCCGAAACUUCUAGAAGACGAUUUCACAACGCACAACGGACACGGAACGCAUAAUCAUCCUUUGACGCUUCAGAAUGCUAUCUAAAGCGAUUGAGUUAAGGCUUAGAAUUGAAUGAUGGCUAUAUUUCAUAGCGUACAUAUUGGCUGGGCGUCGACCGACCAUAGAGACGCGGCGACGAACGAUACGUUAAGUAGUAGAGUUAACGAAUUUAUAAUUUGGAGAGAUUUUUGUUUAUUUCUAGCUAAUUUCUUUACUGACGAUAUACAAAUUUAUAUCGCAAUGAACUUGCGGUCGCCUCAAACCGAGCGAAAACGUUAAGGCGAAGUCAUAUUAAAAAA